AUGCUUCGUACCGUUGGCCGCAACGCCCUGAGGGGCUCACCCAAGGGAUGUCCACGAACCAUUACGACUCUCAAGCCCGCCACGGCAGCCAUUGCCAAGCCUGGUAGCAGGUCCCUUUCGACGCCAGCGACGGCAACAGCAACCGCGCCCCGAACUAAGCCCAGCGCCAGCUUCAAUGCUCGUCGCGAGCCGCAGCCUCUGGUCAACCCUCGCCCGGGUGAGGCAGACGAAUCAUUCAUUGGCAAGACCGGAGGAGAGAUUUUCCACGAGAUGAUGCUGAGGCAAAAUGUCAAGCACAUCUUCGGUUAUCCUGGCGGCGCUAUCCUUCCCGUGUUCGACGCGAUCUACAACUCAAAGCACAUCGACUUUGUUCUCCCCAAACAUGAACAAGGCGCCGGCCACAUGGCGGAAGGCUACGCUCGCGCUUCAGGCAAACCUGGUGUUGUUCUCGUCACCUCCGGCCCCGGUGCCACAAAUGUCAUCACUCCCAUGGCCGACGCUCUCGCCGACGGUACACCUCUGGUUGUGUUCUCAGGACAGGUCGUUACCUCCGCUAUUGGAAGCGAUGCCUUCCAGGAGGCCGACGUCAUAGGCAUCUCCCGGUCUUGCACCAAGUGGAACGUCAUGGUUAAGAGUGUUGACGAGCUGCCUAGGAGAAUCAACGAGGCCUUUGAGAUCGCUACCAGUGGGCGGCCUGGCCCUGUCUUGGUCGAUCUGCCCAAGGACGUCACGGCUAGUGUGCUGAGGAGGGCCAUUCCAACCGAGACCUCGAUUCCCUCUAUCAGCGCUGCAGCACGGGCUGUCCAAGAGGCAGGCCGAAAGCAGCUCGAGCACUCGAUCAAACGCGUAGCCGAGCUGGUCAACAUUGCAAAGAAGCCCGUCAUAUACGCCGGCCAAGGUGUCAUCUUGUCGGAGGGUGGUGUUGAACUUCUCAAGGCCCUUGCGGACAAGGCCUCGAUUCCCGUCACCACCACUCUGCAUGGUCUGGGCGCCUUUGACGAGCUGGACGAGAAGGCGCUGCACAUGCUCGGCAUGCACGGUUCGGCCUAUGCCAACAUGUCCAUGCAAGAGGCAGAUUUGAUCAUUGCCCUUGGUGGCCGCUUCGACGACCGUGUCACUGGCAGCGUCCCCAAAUUUGCUCCUGCCGCCAAGCUUGCCGCUGCCGAAGGCCGCGGAGGUAUUGUUCACUUCGAGAUCAUGCCCAAGAACAUCAACAAGGUCGUCCAGGCAACAGAGGCCAUCGAGGGUGAUGUUGCUUCGAACCUGAAGCUGCUGCUUCCCAAGGUUGAACAACGAUCCAUGGCCGAUCGCAAGGAGUGGUUCGAUCAGAUCAAGGCGUGGAAGGAGAAGUGGCCUCUGUCACAUUACGAGAGGGCCGAGCGCAGCGGUCUCAUCAAGCCCCAGACUCUGAUCGAGGAGCUGAGCAAUCUGACUGCUGACCGCAAGGACAUGACCUACAUCACAACCGGUGUUGGCCAGCACCAGAUGUGGACAGCACAACACUUCAGGUGGAGGCACCCGCGGUCCAUGAUCACCUCUGGUGGUCUGGGUACCAUGGGGUACGGUCUGCCGGCGGCGAUUGGCGCCAAGGUUGCUAAGCCAGACGCUUUGGUCAUUGAUAUCGAUGGCGAUGCUUCGUUCAACAUGACUCUGACUGAGCUUUCGACGGCGGCACAGUUCAACAUUGGCGUCAAGGUCAUUGUUUUGAACAACGAGGAGCAGGGGAUGGUGACCCAAUGGCAGAACUUGUUCUACGAGGACCGCUACUCACAUACGCAUCAGCGCAACCCCGACUUCAUGAAGCUUGCCGAUUCAAUGGACAUUCAACAUCGCCGCGUUUCGAAGCCUGACGAUGUUGUUGAUGCUCUGAAGUGGCUGAUCAACACUGACGGCCCGGCUCUGUUGGAGGUCAUUACGGACAAGAAGGUGCCUGUUUUGCCUAUGGUGCCUGGAGGUAAUGGCCUGCACGAGUUCAUCACGUUCGAUGCCAGCAAGGAUAAGCAACGGAGAGAGCUGAUGCGUGCCAGGACGAACGGUCUGCACGGGUGA